ACUCACGCACACACACAGCGGCGGCCCGGUGGGCGCACGCCAGGCCGGCAGCCAUGGCGGCGGCGGCGGAGCGGGGCCGCCUCAGCUUCCCGGGCGGCGCCGGGGCCUUGGGGCGGCCCGUGCCUAUGAACCUGUUCGCCACCUGGGAGAUCGACGGCUCCAGCCCCAGCUGCGUGCCCAGGUUGUGCAGCUUGACACUAAAGAAACUGGUAGUCUUAAAGGAAUUGGAUAAGGAGCUUAUUUCUGUGGUCAUUGCUGUCAAAAUGCAGGGCUCCAAGCGCAUCCUGAGGUCUCACGAGAUCGUGUUGCCCCCGAGUGGACACGUGGAGACGGAGCUUGCGCUGACCUUCUCGCUGCAGUACCCUCACUUUUUGAAGAGAGAUGGCAAUAAGCUGCAGAUCAUGCUGCAGAGGAGGAAAAGGUACAAGAACCGCACAAUCCUGGGCUACAAGACCCUGGCUGUGGGGUCUAUCAACAUGGCUGAGGUCAUGCAGCACCCAACAGAAGGUGGCCAGGUACUGAGCCUUUUCAGCAACAUCAAAGAAGCUGCAGUAAAGGUAGCAGAAAUCUGGAUCUUUUCCCUGUCAAGUCAACCAAUUGACCAUGAAGACAGUACUAUGCAGGCCAGCCAGAAAAUCAAGUCUACAGACAACUAUUCCGAGGAGGAGUACGAGAGCUUCUCUUCUGAGCAGGAGGCCAGUGAUGAUGCCGUGCAGGGCCAGGAUUUGGAUGAUGAUGAGUACGAGCUGGGGAAGCCCAAGAAGCAGCGGAGAUCGAUAGUAAGAACGACGUCCAUAACCAGGCAACAAAACUUCAAGCAGAAGGUUGUGGCAUUGCUGAAGAGAUUUAAGGUGUCUGAUGAGGUUCUGGAUUCAGAGCAGGACCCUGCAGAGCAUGUUCCAGAGGUGGAGGAGGACCUGGACCUUCUGUAUGACACAUUGGAUAUAGAGAACCCCAGCGACAGUGGGCCAGACAUGGAAGAUGAUGACAGUGUUUUGAGCACUCCAAAGCCAAAGUUAAAACCUUAUUUUGAAGGACUGUCACACUCCAGCUCCCAGACAGAAAUUGGUAGCAUCCACAGCAUCAGGAGCCAGAGAGAGCCAUCAAGUCCUCAGGUAGAAGUGCCUGAAAAGACAAAGAGUCUUGGAACCAAACAUACAGACGACAGUAUUUCUGACACUGUCUCUUUUGAGUCUAACCAGCAAGCUGAGGUCCAGGAAACAGAACUUCCCGCUCCAGAUGUGUUUGUUGAGAAGCUCCCACCCAGCGGGAAGAUCACCAAGACGGAGUCCCUCAUCAUCCCAUCCACCAGGUCUGAAGGGAAGCAAACUGGACGUCGGGGAAGAAGCACAUCUCUGAAGGAGAGGCAGCCAGUGAGGCCACAGAAUGAGAGAGCAAACAGCCUGGACAAUGAACGAUCUCCGGACACCCGGCAUCACUUACAGAUCCCCAGGAAAACUGUGUAUGACCAACUCAAUCACAUCCUGGUUUCUGAUGACCAGCUGCCAGAAAACAUUAUUCUUGUCAAUACUUCAGAUUGGCAAGGACAGUACCUGUCAGAUGUCUUACAAAAGCAUACCUUGCCAGUGGUCUGUACGUGUUCCUCAGCUGAUAUUCAAGCAGCUUUCAGCACUAUUGUCUCCAGGAUACAGCGAUACUGUAACUGCAAUUCUCAACCUCCAAGCCCAAUUAAAAUCGCAGUGGCCGGAGCCCAGAAUUACCUCAGUGCUGUAUUGAGGCUCUUUGUAGAGCAGCUGUCUCACAAAACCCCAGACUGGCUUGGCUACAUGCGAUUUUUGAUCAUCCCUCUAGGCUCUCAUCCAGUGGCCAAGUAUCUGGGGUCUGUAGAUUAUAGAUACAACAACUUCUUCCAAGAUGUAGCCUGGAGAGAUCUGUUCAACAAACUUGAAGCACAGACCACUGUUACAGAAACGCUUGAUGUUGUCUCCCGAAUAACACAGUACAUAGCAGGGGCAAACUGUGCGCACCAGUUGCCCAUUGCCGAAGCAAUGCUGACGUACAAGCAGAAAAGGAAAAAGAGCUUUCAUUUUGAUUUUACUCUAAGCCCUGAUGAGGAAUCUUCGCAGAAGUUCAUUCCCUUCGUUGGGGUGGUGAAGGUUGGAAUAGUGGAACAAUCUUCUGCGACGUCAGGUGACUCUGACGACGCAGCUCCCUCAAGCUCCAGUGUCCUUUCUUCUACCCCACCUUCUGUAUCUCCUGCUGUGAAAGAAGCCUCCCCCACACCACCUUCCUCACCGUCUGUUACAGGCAGCUUCUCAUCCUCAAGCCAGGGCCUUGGUGCUGAGCUGAUGGGCCUGCAGGUGGAUUACUGGACUGCAGCUCCUCCCAUGGACAGAAAGAGAGACCCGGAGAAGAAGGACCCUUCCACUACCAAAAACACACUGAAAUGCACUUUCCGGUCCCUCCAGGUCAGCAGGUUACCUGCCAGCGGGGAGAUUGCCACCACUCCAACCAUGUCCAUGACCGUCGUAACAAAAGAGAAGAACAAGAAAGUGAUGUUUUUACCCAAGAAAACAAAAGACAAGGAGGUUGAGUCAAAGAGCCAGUGCAUUGAAGGGAUCAGCAGGUUGAUUUGCACGGCGAAGCAUCAGCAGAACAUGCUGCGGGUCCUGAUCGACGGAGUGGAGUGGAACGACGUCAAGUUCUUUCAGCUGGCAGCACAGUGGUCCUCUCAUGUCAAGCACUUUCCCAUCUGCAUAUUUGGACACUCCAAAUCUAACUUCUAGCCACGCUCGGAGGGACCUGUGUCCAUCCCAGGGACUGCACACCAGGAGCCAGGAACUGCGUGCCAACUGCGACUCGCAUCACUCUGCCCUCUCCUGCAGAAUUAAUCACAGAUGUGCUUGGAUUACUUUUGAAUUACUUUUUUUCUAUUAACUCUUAAGUUUACUACAAGGGAAGGAAACCCCCUUUAAAACAAAGGCAAAAAACAAACAACAACCCAACCAACAACAGUCUUAAAUAUAGAUGUGCUGUCAACCAAGCUGUGGGGGAGUUGGCAGGAACAGGCAACCUGCCCAAACACCUCCCACAUCGGAGCAGAUAGCUGAAUAACUGCACUGCUUAUUAACCUGAGACCUCAUUGGUGUGUGUGGGCUGGGGGGGCCAUGGAUUUUGCAGAAGAUCCUGCACGUUAUGGUGCAUUUCGACCCCUCCCUCCAUAUUUCUAGGAAAAACGAUGGCCAGUCUUUCUUCCUGCUGCCAAAGGAUGAGAGAUCAGCGAGUCUGCAGGGCGUCCAGCUUGUUUGCAGAGCUAGAGAGGUGCAGAUUGGAGCUUGCCCUGCGCUAUGUGGGGUCUGCCCUGGGGACGGACAGGUGGUCUGCGCUCAGUGCUGCCUGAGGAAGGCUGGGCAGGAGCAGGAACUGGGGGGAGCACGAGGCGUAAGGAACCUCCCUGGUCUGUGACGAUGACCAAACUGAGCCAGUCACCGCGUCCCUGCAGUGCUGCUGAGGGGGACAGCGUGUCAGUGGGGUCGCUGCUAUUUACAUACUCACACCGAUUAUUUACCUGUCAAUAAAACCUCGUCCAGCCUCCAA